GUUUUAUCACUCAUUUUAUGCUUACAUAAGCCUAUAAAGAGCUUUGGAGAUCAGCGUUUGUUUAUUCCCGGUGUGUUCUUUCUGAAGUUAGUUUUUUCUUCUAUUCUGUUCGCUCUCAGUUCCUUUUAUUCAAAAAAAUCGUUUGUGAAAAGUUAAAAAGAUGAAGGUCCUUCUAGUAUUCGCGUUGGUACUAGUUGCUGUGUCAGCUAGAUCCCAACCUUACAAACACAUCCAUCCUCUUUCUCAGAAAAUGAUAGAUUAUGUAAAUUUCCUGAACACCACAUGGAAGGCCGGAAGGAACUUCCAUGAAGGAGUGACCAUGAAGCACAUCAAAGGCCUUCUCGGUGUCCACAAGGACAAUCACAAGUACAGGUUGCCAUCCAUCAGGCAUGCUGUUCCUGGUGAUCUUCCUGACUCUUUCGAUGCUCGGGAGCAAUGGCCACACUGCCACACAAUCAGCGAGAUCAGAGACCAGGGUUCCUGUGGAUCUUGCUGGGCCUUUGGAGCUGCCGAGGCUAUGUCCGACAGACACUGCAUUCACAGUAAUGGAAAAGUAGAUGUUGAAAUCUCUGCUGAAGAUCUGUUGUCUUGCUGCGACAGUUGUGGAAUGGGAUGCAACGGUGGUUUCCCCGGAUCUGCCUGGGAAUAUUGGGUCGACAAAGGUCUAGUCACUGGAGGUCUAUACAACUCUCAUGUGGGUUGCCAGCCCUACACCAUCGCCUCCUGUGAACACCACAGCAAAGGAAAACUCCCACCAUGCGGUGACAUUGUCGACACACCACAGUGCGUCCACAUGUGCGAGAAAGGUUACAACGUCAGCUACCGUGCAGACAAACACUAUGGCAAGAAAUCUUAUUCCGUUGAUGAACAGGAAGACCAAAUUAAGACCGAAAUCUACAAGAACGGCCCUGUUGAAGCUGCUUUCACAGUCUACGCUGACUUCGUUACGUACAAAUCCGGUGUUUACAAACACGUGACCGGUGAAGAAAUGGGAGGUCAUGCCAUUCGUAUCCUUGGAUGGGGAGUUGAAAAUGGAACCCCCUACUGGCUUGUGGCUAACUCAUGGAACACUGACUGGGGUGAUAAAGGUUACUUCAAAAUCCUUCGUGGAUCUGAUGAGUGUGGAAUCGAAAGUUCUGUUGUAGCUGGUUUGCCCAAAAAUCCAUUUCCGGUGGAUUUUAUGAAGCUUCUUGUAGUAUUCUCGGUGGUUCUAGUAAUUGUGUCUGCUAGAUCCCCUAUUUUUAGGCCGAUCCACCCUCUUUCUCAGAAAAUGAUAGAUUUUAUAAAUUACAUGAACACCACUUGGAAGGCAGGGAGGAAUUUCGAUGAAGGAGUGAGCUUGAAAUACAUCAAAGGCCUUCUUGGCGCUCUUGACACUAAGAAAUACAGGUUGCCAUAUAUAUCGCACGAAGUUCCUGCGGAUCUUCCCGAAUCUUUCGAUGCCCGAGAGCGCUGGCCACACUGCCCGACAAUCAACGAAAUUAGAGAUCAGGGAGCCUGUGGAUCCUGCUGGGCCUUUGGAGCUGUCGAGGCUAUGUCCGACAGACACUGCAUUCACAGCAAUGGAAAAGUGAAUGUUGAACUCUCUGCUGAAGACUUGGUGGACUGUUGUAAGACUUGUGGAUUGGGAUGUGAAGGCGGGCACCACGAGGCUGCGUGGGCAUAUUGGGUCGACAAAGGCAUCGUCACCGGAGGUCUGUACAACUCCCACGUGGGAUGCAAGCCUUACUCCAUUGCUUCUUGCGAGCACAACGCCACUGGAAAGCUACCUCCGUGUGGGGACAUUGUUGACACCCCACAGUGCACCCACACUUGCGAGAAAGGAUACAAAGUCAGCUACCGAGCCGAUAAGCAUUAUGGCAAGGUAGCUUACUCCGUUAGCAGGCAUCAAGACCAAAUUAAAACCGAAAUCUACAAAAAUGGUCCUGUGGAAGGAAUUAUAAUAAUAUACGAAGACUUCUUGACGUACAAAUCAGGUGUUUAUCGUCACAUAACCGGUGAAGAAAUGGGACUUCACGCUAUCCGAAUACUCGGAUGGGGAACUGAAAACGGAACACCUUAUUGGCUUGUAGCUAAUUCGUGGAAUACCGACUGGGGUGACAAAGGUUACUUCAAAAUUCUUCGUGGAUCGAAAGAAUGUUCGAUCGAGACCGAAAUCGUAGCUGGAUUGCCCAGAGUUUAAAUAGCUUUGCUCAUCCGGCUUUGUGGACAUUUAUAUUAUUGUUGAAGCUCAACAUCGAGGACUUUUAUAUUUUAUGUGUCAAUUUUUUACUACUGCCGAUUUGAAUAUUUAGUGAAUUGUACUAUAUUUAAUUUAAUAAAAUGUCUUUAUAUAUUUUA